GCGCGCGGCCGCGGCGGCGGGACGGACCAAGGGCGCGAGCGGGCGGGGGGGAGGGGUGUCCCUGGGCUGUGUCCCCUGCUCCGUGUGCUCCGUGAGGGUCCCGAGUCUCCCGCCUGUGCUGGGAUGGCCGCCAGCCGGGCCCUGAGUGUCCUGUACCCCCGGGCCGUGUCCCGGCUCCCUCUGGCCGCCUCCACCCGCAGCAAUUCCAACCGCGCCUCCGUGUCCCACCUGCACCGGCAGCACUACGGGCGGCUCUACCCCGUCCUGCUCGUGGGCAUCGACGGCUCCACCACCCGCCUGCGCUACCAGGAGCCCAAGAGGAUCCUCAUGCUGCCCCUGGACAGCACCACGCUGCCCGAGGCCGAGCGCAGGGCCCGUCUGCGCCGGCACUUCCCCAGCAAACCCAAGCCCAAGACCGAGGAGACCUUCGAGGGCAUCGACCUGGAGACCUACAAGAAGUUCUGGAAGAAGUGAACGCAGAAUUAAUAAAUAAAUAAACAAGCAAACCAACCAACCAA